UCUACUGGAAAAGAGCUCCACCCGCUGAAGAGAAGGACUCCUCCUUUAUGUGUCUGAACACAAUGGUCAGUGCGCGGACUCUCCUCCUCGCGGUCACCUGCUGCUACGCCUACCUGUACCUCGUUCGCGCAGAGGACUCCUCACUGGAGACGCGCUCACUGGAUUUCACCCUGAAAACUCAACAAGAGAAAGACUUGAUUGACGCAUUGCAAGAAGUUCUGGAGAAGCUGAGGAGCAAAGAGAUGCCCUUGGAGAAAAAGCAUGGAUGGUUACCUUCGUGUGACGCAGGGGAGCCGUGCGCCGUGCGUAAAGGCGCACGUAUUGGCACGCUGUGUAGCUGUCCACGGGGGACUACUUGUAACUUCUAUGUUCUGAAAUGUUUGUGAUGAGGAAAAAAAAAGAUAACAGAAGUACAAGAAAUAACGAGUUCAGGGCUGAUAAAAAAAGAUGAAUGUGAGAAAUGACAGGAAGGUCUGCUUCUACUGUUCAAUACAUUUGUGAUAGAAAAUAAAAUGCUGUAGAAUGUGACUUUUUUUUUUGCCUUUAUAAACAUUGACUGUUAUGAAUAAGAGUUUUUGUGAGUCUGUCGUUUUAAUUUUUAUUUCUCUCGUCCGUGUUAAUUAUUGUGUCACAUCAUUGUGUUAAUCAUUGCGGCAUCUUGUGGAAGACUUUUUUUGGUCAUAAUAUUUUACUAUAUUUAUUUCUUUUCCCCUGAUUGUUGGAAAUACCGCACAGUUAGUUUAUA